AUGGUUAGGGUGAAUAAGCUAUUCAGAGACGUGCCCCUAGAGGCCCAAGGGGUUGUCUUUCUGGUGGAUUUGAUGGAACUGUCGUUUGGAGAAUUUGAUAUUAUAUUGGGCAUGGAUUGGCUAGGGAAACGCCGUGCGAAAUUUGAUUGCACUAGUAAGCAUAUGGUGUUGAGGUCUACUGAGGCUGAGGAGGUGACUGUGAUAGGGGAGCGAAGACAUUAUAUGUCUAACGUAAUUUUAAUGUUAAGGGCUGAGAAACUGGUUCGCAAGGGUUGCGAGACGUUUUUAGCUUAUGUCAGCAUUUCUAAUUCUAAAGGUCCUUUUGUUGGAUAUGUCAGAACUGUUAAGGAGUUUCUGGAUGUAUUUCCUGAAGAGCUUCCUGGGUUGCCUCCAAACUAUGAGGUUGAAUUCGGUAUUGAGCUCCUACCUGGAAUAGCUCUGGUGUCCAUCGCCCCUUAUAAGAUAGCACCGAAGGAACUGUUACUGCGUAAAAGGGUACCGUUUAAUUGGACUGAUAAGCAGCAGGAGAGUUUUGAGAAACUAAAGAAAGUUCUGACCGAGGCUCCUGUUUUAAUACAACUAGAGUCUGGGAAGGAAUUCACUGUCUACAGUGAUGCGUCGCACAUUAGAUUGGCUAAUGUGUUGAUGCAAGAGGGUAAAAUGGUUGCUUACGCGUUUUGUCAGCUUAAGCCUUACAAGGCGAAUUACCCCACUCAUGACUUGGAGUUAGCUGCAGUGGUUUUUGCACUGAAGAUCUGGAGGCAUUACUUAUACGACAAGAAGUUUAUUAUUUACACAGAUCAAAAAAGCCUCAAGUACCUACUUACUUAG